AUGAGGAGGCACCGGCCGGCGCUUGCUACGCGUGUGACCGCGCAUCAGGCGUUGGCCUGCGAGCCGCACCAGGCGGCGACCAGGCCCGCGCUGAGCAUGUGGCCAUCAGCAGGCGGCCCCACACGGAGCGCCGCAUCUGGGGCGCUCCCGCACGUGGCCCAAGGCGGCGGCUUGCAGAGCGCCCCAGUGAACACUGUGACGGGCUACCUGAAGUUCAUUGAGCCCCUGAAUGUCACCAACUAUCCAAGCUGGUAUAAAGAUGUUAAUGUUGCCAUUGCUGUGUGUGAGUAUGAUCUCGCCUUAAGUCAAGACAAGCCAGCAGAGCCCGCUGAUCCCAAUGGUGAUCGUACUGUCAUUGAGAAGUGGGAGAGAUCAGACAGGAUGGCCAACAUGAUCAUUAAGAACACGAUCACUCUGGCCAUCUAUGGUGCUAUUCCUGAUAAGAACCAGGAUGAUAAUGAUCUGAGCGGCAAGGCAUACCUUGCCAAGAUGGAGGAGAACUUUAAGAGUUCUUCCAAGACUUAUGCUAGCACUCUGAUCAUGAAGAUGCUGACUUCACAGUAUGAUGGGCAAAGUGGAAUCAGGGAGCACAUUAUGAGCAUGUGUGACAUGGCAAAUAAGCUGAAGACACUGGAUAUGGCUAUCUCUGAUGGUUUUCUGGUGCACUUCAUCAUGACUUCUCUGCCAGUAAAGUACAGUCCCUUCAAAAUAAGCUACAGCACUCAAAAGGCGACUUGGAGCAUGGCUGAGCUCAUUAGCUACUGUGUUGAGGAAGAAGAAAUGCAAAAAGCUGAAAGGAUGAAGGAUGCUGUCAACAUGGAGCAGGCAGCAUAA